AUGAGGCGGCGGCCCGGGCUUUGUGAGGCGGCAGCGCGACGCCGGGCGGCCCAGCAGCGGGCGGGUGCCGGGGGCGGAAGCGCGGCCACAGGAGGGAGCGAUUCACCGCCGACCCCCGUGGGACCUGGGUCCUCUACGCGGGACCGCAGGGGCCCCGAGUCGCGGCUUUGGCAAGGUCGCCCGCUCCGGGUCGUUCGGAAGGGUCAUUUCACGGACCGGUCGUCUGGGGCCAGCGCGUCUUGCCCCCCACGGAAGAUCCCUCGCUUCGAGGACACGAAAGCCUUUAAAGUGAGGAUUGGCUCGCCGCGCCUCCCGCAGAGGGGAACGCCGCCCGGACCCGCGCUCCUGGGGCGGGGGCCUCGUAUGCCGGCGUUGCCGGAGCGUCUGCGGCGCUGAAAGCUGCCGAGACCCAGCCACAACCCCCACAAGCCAGCAGCCCGGCAGAAAAUUACAUAAAAUGCAGCGCUUCGCCGAGGGGGUGCGAGUCGGGGGAGCAGCGCGCAGCUGCGGCUGACGGUUCGGCCGGAUCCGUCCAAGCAUGGACAGGAAAACGGGACUGCGGGGAGAGGGUGGUGCAGACGGGCCGCAGACCCUCCUUAGGAAGAGAAGCCGGAAACUAGGGAGUCAUGUGCAGUUAGAAUCCUCUUGGAAGACUAGUAGGAUGUGAGGUUGGAGAGGUGAACGACGACCAGAAAAUUCCCUUGUCUUGCCAGGCUUCUGACCUAACUAUGAGUUUCCUCCGCGCAUCCAGCCUGCCCUGCUCUGGCCCCUAAAGUACAGCAGUAACACUCA